AUGAAAUGGCAAAUAAUAUUUACUAAAUUUGUAACGGAACUUGUAAUUGAACUUGCAAUUGGAAAACAAUCACAAAUAUCUUCAGAUACAAUACCACCACAAACAUUCGAUAAAUCGUCAAUAUUUUUAAUUGUAGGUGGUGCUAUAAUUGUACUUGGUGGUAUAUUUUAUUUCGUAAAAUUAAUGCGUAAAGAAAAACACAAAAAGUCAAAAAAAGGAAACAGCGGCGGUAAUAAUGGUAUAGGAAAUGUCAAUAAUAAUAACAAGCGUAAUUCUUUUAUUCAAACUUACGGAUCAAAUCUAUUAAAUACUUGGGCAUCUUUACAACAGGAGGAGAAAGUUAAAAAAAUUACUGCUGCAGAUCAUUUAGAAGCAACCAAAAGGUUUUUUUCACAAUUAUUUCAACUUAACAACGAUAAUAGGAAGAAAGAGGAAGGAAAUGCAAAUUUGGACUUAUUAGAAUUAAUACACCAUCCUUUUCCUUCUCCUCCUCCUCUUAGUUCUUCAUCGUCGCUCUCAUCUAUAUCUGAUUCACCUAAAUUUGGUAAUUAUAAAUAUAGUAAUAGAAGCAGUAACGAUAGUAAUUCCAAAACUCAAAAAAUUCCAUAUUCUUCAAGAAAAGUAGUAAAAUCUUAUUCUUCUAUUAAUAAUCAUCUUUAUUCAAAUCCAAAUAUUAAUGAUGGUGAUGAUGAUAUUUAUCAUUAUUCGCAAAAGUAG